AUGGAUCGCUCGAUAGAAGAGCGGUAUGCAAUCAAAUUUUGCUUUCGCUUGGGCAAAACUGCUUCGGAAACUUUUGCUAUGAUUACGGAGGCCUACAAAGAGCACGCCCUAUCAAGAGCUCAAGUGUUCCGGUGGUUUAAUGAAUUUAAAAAUGGCAGGGAAUCCGUUGAAGACGUGGAACGAUCUGGACGCCCUUCAACGAGUCGUGUGGAUGAAUCGGUGGACAAAUUGAAAGAACUCCUGGACUCCGACCGUCGUUUAAGUCUCAAAAUGAUCGCCGAUGAGGUCUCCAUGAAUAAAUUUACGGUCCUUAAAGCCGUCAAACGGAAGCGACAGGACCUUGCUCACCGCUGGCGUCUCCACCACGACAACUCUCAGGCGCACACAGCGUUCCUC